UACAUUUCCUCAAAAGUUUUGACACACUAAAUUCUCCACCAGUAAAUUCUCUACUUGAACAACUCAUUUAGACAGGAAACACCAAAUCACAAAACAAAUCCAAUAUACUUAUUUGGCCUCCACCUCCUUCAUUUUUGCUACCAAACAAACACGAAGGCCUGUUCGAAGACUGGAACUGUUAAACUUCGGCUAUUUGCGCGCCAAAAGAGACCUUUUGGCUGUUCUCAGAACAGGCUUACGGCUAGAAAACGUCUACAGAUAUUAAGACGAGAAAAAGAAGAAGAGAUGUUUUUCACAAGAGUGCCACAGCUAAAGCGAUCAACAUGGAGCCUGGAAGAUGCACCUUCGGUUGUGCAAUUUUACAUUUGUUUAUAAAUGUGCUGCUACUGAUUCUCGGAAUGUGCUUACUUGGAUUUGGACUAGCUGAAGAAACCACCCAACUCAGCGCAUUAAUAUCAGAAGAAACGAGAAUUGGGAGUGUGGCUGUUGUCAUCGGAGUCAUACUGAUCGUUGUGACCACGCUUAACUGCUGCUUUACUAUUGAUGGAAGUUCCGUUUUUUAUUACAUUUAUGCAGGUUUCCUGGUAUUGCUGUUCACUGCCAUGGUGGCACUUCUGAUCAAAUACGGUCUUGAUUGUGGGACUAAAGUACGAAAUGACAUUCGAGCAUCGAUGCGCCAGAUGAUGCAUUACGAUCCCGAUAGCCCAGGAAAAACCAGAAUGGAUUUCAUUCAACAGAUGUUCCAAUGUUGCGGCAUUGAUAGCUACAGAGAUUGGUACAACGUGACGGAAAACCCUUACAUACCUGAAUCAUGUUGCAUUAAACCUGAAUGUGAUACUUUCAACCUACAGAAUAUAUAUCGUGAGGAUUGUGUGACAAACAUGAUGAAAUCCGUCAAUGUGCUUUUCACAAGAAUUACAGCAAUCGGAAUUACAAUUACCAUAUUUUUACCUAUUCAAAUUACCAUCGUCAUUUUUAUAAUACGCUGUGUGAAGUACGAUCCGGUUUUUCAAUAGUUGCUAAAAAGAAAAAGUAGUUUCAGAAUAAAAGUUUCAUUGUGGAAAAAAAAAAAAAAAA